AUGGUGUGUGUGAAAAAUUUCUCCACAGUAGACUAUUUGAAAAUGUUCCUAACUGUUUUUCUUUUCUCAUCAUAAUUCUAAUAUGUGCUGGACCUGCUCAGGAAAAGUGCCUUUUUGUGUACUGGGGAUGCAGGUUUGUCGUGCAAUUAUAAAGAUAUAUAAUGAAGGCAUCAGUAAUUACUUCAUAAAGAUGCACUGAGACCUCUCAAAGCAAGUCAAAGCCAGACAAAAAUCCUUCGAAUGUGACAUGGUAACUUCAAAGGACUGUUACAUUUUCCACGAAUUACAGUCCCAAGCUGAUGGCCUCCAUUUGGAACUCAAGCGAAAGGAAGCCAGUUUAAAUAUGCUGAAAACAGACAGAGAACGAAUUAAUAACCAGAUCAAUGUUGCAGCUGAACUUCAUUCUAGAGAGAAGCAGGCUUUACUAGAGGAGAUCAUACAACUGAAGAGAAGGAAGGAACAGACAGACAGACAGGCCUCUGAAAAGGAAAUGGAGCUAUUGCAUGCCAGGCAGGAAUUAGAACAGCAACAAACCAAUCUGAGUAAUUGUGAACAGAAAAUCCUUGUGAUACAGUCAAAGUUGAAGCAACGGUCAGAGCAGCAGACGGCAGUAGAUUUGCAGCUUUCUGAAAAGAGAAAGGAACUUAUGAAAGUGCAGUUUGCUGUGCAUGAAAUGGAAGACAAAAUAUUUAAAAAAACUGCAAUGAUGCAAGACCAGAUCACACAUGACAUCAGAAGUGAGAUAAGUUUUCUUCAUCAGCAAUUGAGAGAGAAAGAUCUACUGGCAGAGCAGGAUCGUUUCUUAAGAAGCAAAAUGAUGGAUGAUUAUGCAUCCCUGACCACAGAGAAUGCUGUGCUGCGUUCCCAGCUCUUGGAACUUAACAAGCAACUGAACAUAGAGAGAGCCCUCAGGGAAGAGAGUUCUACAUCUCAGUCUUCCAGCUUUACUCAACUUCUCAAAGUGAAAGACCAAGAAGAGCAUCUGAAACAUGAGAUCAAGAUGCACCAAGAGCUUUUGCAGCAGGAAAAGAAAAACUUGCAAGAACUUAUGGAAAAGAUUCAUAUUUUGGAACAAGGAAGCACAUCUCUUGACUUAAAUGUAGCAACAAUAUGUAGUCGAAUAGCUGAAAUGAAGGGUAUGCUGGACAAAGAGGAACAGGAUAAUAUUGAACUACAGAGAGAUAAAGCUUUAUUGGUAGAUCUUGUAUCUAGUUUACAAAACCAGCUUGUUGGGAGGGACAGUGAACUCUCGCAAACAUCUACUAAGAUGCUGCAGCUUGAUCAGGAUAUUUCAGCACUGAAAACAAAGCAUGUGUUACGUCAGUCUCUUCAGUCAGAAAAAUGGCAGGAAAUCUCCAAAAUGGCAAGCUCGAUGAGGAAACUUACCAAAUCAAUGACAGAUGUAGCAGAUAGCAUGGGGAAAUAUUAGGUUGGGUGACACAAUUAGAGGUGCUAUGCUGUAGAUAGAAAAUUAAUCCUUUAAGUACAACAUGACUUUAAUUUCAGUGGGCUAGUCAUCUUUAUGAUCACUUUUGUUUUUAACAAAAUUGAUUUCAGAGAUUUAAAAUGCUAUGAAAAUACUUGUAAUGGAGCAGUUUCUUUUUCACUGUACCACAUAGACAUGAGAUUGUCUUAUGAAGCCAAUAAACAAUAUAGAUUUGGUUCCUUAAAUGUAUUUGAAAUCUAAUAAGUGUAGAUCUAGCUUUGGUGAUUGCCAAUUAUUGUAAUUUUGGUGAGUAAAAUGUUACUCAGUUUCUCUUUACACGGUAAUGAAUAAGAGUUCUUGUGUGAAAAAAUGAGUGAUAUGUGAGUGAAAAAGAUUUCAUCCAUAAUAGGGCUUCAUAAAAAUAUGAAUAAAAUAACCUAUUUUUCAGCAGAUUUAAUGGAUUUAAAUUUAAUCCAUAUCUCUUAGACAGCUUUCAAAAUCUCAUCCUAUAUUUUUUAAAAAGCAAAUGUACUAAUUGUGCUCUAUUCAGUGAAACAGUUACAUAUAGAGAGGGGUUGCUCUGCUGUUUCACAAAAUUUUGACUAUAUCCUGCCAUUAGUGUGUUUUGAAAUUUUUAAUCCAAAAUAUCUAUUCACAUAAAUUAGAGAGACAAGGUGGGUGAGGUAAUAUCUUUUAUUGGACCAACUUCUGUUGGUGAGAGAGACAAGCUUUCA